AGAGGAGUAACCCCCUCCGCGUCAGCGUCAGUCGGCUCGCUCGCGUGUGUUGACAGAGGUUAUCGCGCGGCGUCCCGGGCGGUGUGCGUGCGUGCGUGGGUCGCUCCUUCAUGUUUCGGCCGACUCGUCGUCACCUAGGCCGUUCGCGAGAUCUCGUCGGAUAAGGAGAGAGAGAGGCGCGACGUCGCGGCGGCGGCCUCGGAAGCGCGACGCGAUCGCGGGAGCUACGCCGCGAAUUGUCCCGCCGCGCCCGGUACUCCCUCACGCUCAAUAAUGAGGGACAUGGCAGGCAAGAUCGCCGAGUUGAAGUUCGAGGCACCCCUCGCGCGCUUCGAGGAGGAGGACACCGCCAGCCUGAAGAACAUGAAUCUCCUCACAGAGCAAUUGUUGGACGCUAGUCUGGACGCGAGUUUCGGCGAGAAUUGCAACGCGAACGAACCGCCGAAAGCGCACGAGAAUGGCACCGACAUCCUCCAGGAGGGCACCUUCAGUCCGUUCAGCGGUAGCCUCGAGGACCUCGUCAACACCUUCGACGAGAAGAUCACGUCCUGCUUCCGCGAUUACGGCACCGACGUCGAGUCGUUGGCACCGGUGCAGGUGCGAACGCAAGAGGAGAUCAUGAACGAGUGCCAGAUGUGGUGGACCAUUACCGGGACUUUCGGGAAUAUAUUGCCCAUCGACUGGAGCAAAUCCUACGCGAGGAAGAUGCAUAUGCCUGCUUUAAAUUUGAACGAAGCGCCCGCUUCGACGGAGAGACCCGAGCUAGAGGAUUUAAGUAGCGAAGAUGAGGCAGUUGCAACAGAUUUGGACAUGCAUGCUUUAAUCUUAUCCAGCAGUACCGAUACUCAUAGCCCAGAGGAACCGCUGAAGACCGCCGAGGAGGUUCUACGUGAGAUAGAUGACAUAAUGCAGGAGAGUCCAUCGAUGGAGAGAUCGCCGGAUUCAGAUGGUUCUUUAUUGGACAGCGACGAGGCGUUGGAAAGAAGCAGAGAAGUGCUCGGAUCACCACUCCAAGAGAAAAAAUUAAAGCAACUCACCUCCAGUCAGUUGACAGAACUCCUCGGGGAAAUGGAGAACUUGGUUGGAGCAUUGAGCGAAACUCUGAUCGCCGAGCUAGCGCUUAGAGAUGAAUUGGAGUACGAGAAGGAACUGAAGAAUCAGUUUAUCUCUUUACUGUUGGCUGUGCAAAACCGACGUAGGCAGCAUCACGUCACAAAGAAGAGGAAUCAAAUGCAGAAUGGUACUAGUCCGUUGCCACAGCAUAGGUCUUUGCAGGAGCCGAAGUACCUGACAACUGUUAUCCCAUAUCACACGGACAGCGGUCCGCCAAACAAUCAAGCCUUGCAAGUACUUAUCAAAAUACUAAAAGCCAUUAGCGAGGAUAGCCCAACUGUACCCACUUUGCUGACGGAUUAUAUACUCAAAGUGUUAUGUCCGACUUAGGGCAAGAUGCGUUAAAAAACAAGAAAA